CCUGCAAACCAUCUUUUCAAAUAAUAAAACUUUGCUGGCUGAGAUACAGCUAAGGUGUGUGAGAAAAGUAAACAGUCUAAUGAAAUGCUCAAGCUACAGCAGGUGCUGCUUCCAUGUCUUCCUCAUGAGAAGUUAUGGGAUGGAGUAACAAACUGGUUAUUGAUGUUUGGGAGAAGAUAAUCCUUUGUAUCUCAGACUGCUACAGGGCUAUAAAGCAGGGUGAAUCAAGUGUCCAAAUGCAGAAUAACUACAAAGAACUCCAUCGUUACUAAAAGCCUCCUAGAAGUUUCCAUUAUAUUUGGAAAUCAGUCGAAUGUUAUUUAUUCUCACCAUCAAAGAUUCGCUCUUCGUUAUUAGCUGUAAUUUAUAUUGAUUCCAUUCUUAAUGGUUGGUUAUGCCUAUAUCUCUUCUUUGCUCGUUCUUUCUUAUCAAGCCUGUUCCCCAUGUACUUUGAUCACAUUUAACCAUUCCUGUAAUAAACAAGAGGACUGAGAUCCUUUCGUCCUUCCCAUUAAUUGUCCUUAAUUAAUGGGAAUUAAUAAAGAAUUACUCUUGAGGUAAUUCUCCAAGCCCUCUUAAAGCUUGCACCAGUUGUGUUCAAUGGGGGAUACCAUGCACUUUAGUGAGGUGGUCAAGACUAGGCAAGAACUUAUAGGGACUGCAGAGGGAGAUGACUCUGAAGUAGAGAAGGGAACUGCUCAGUGCUUUGUUCUGGGAUGCUUCCUUCCCAAGUGAUUCCUACGGAAAACGCAGGGUUAUGCUCCUACAUAAACACAGUGCAGAAGCACAAUGUCUACAGGCAGCCCUGCUGCGGUGACAGAUCUCCUAUGAAGAACGAAUUCACCCCUGAGGAAACCGAAGCAGGUUUUUCUCCCGUUAAAGGAAAAAGGGCACUUCCCAGUCAGAAAGUUCCCAGCAAAAAGCCGCUAAGAGGCACCAGAGAAAUGGAUGCGGCCGCCGCCCUGCAGCGCUGCUCCUGAGCCGCCCAAGGAAGCGCGGCGCGCCCAGCCCCGCCUCACGCUCCGCCCGCGCGCCCCGCCGCGGGACGAGGGCGGGAAACCGAAGGGGCAGCAAACGGCACCUCGAGUCUCACCGCCUCCUCUCGCGAGAGCCGCGCCGCCCUGGCAACGGCGGGCCGCUGCGACCAUGGAGGAGAAGGAGGAGGAGGAGACGGCGGGCUCUGAGGCGUCGGUGUACCUGCAGAAAAUUACUAUCACAGACUACUCUAAAGAUGAUUAUCAGUACGAAGAGGUGUCAGCAGAUGAUGAAUUUAGUCUUCAGGAAGGUGAUGAGGAUCUGUCUGAGGCUCUGCAGGCUGUUCAAGAGCAGGCUGAAGAUGCUCACAUUUUAGCUUCCAAAUCAGUUCUGACUUCAGAGAAAUCAGUAUCUGAAAUACCUGAAGCGAUGGAUGACUUCUUCUGCAAUUUUCUGGCUGGUCUGGGUAUGUCCAGAACCCUUGACUGCUUCCAAACUGAAUGGUAUGAACUCAUAGAGAGAGGUGUGUUCACAGCCAAAGACAUUGGGUUUGUGCCAACUGUGUACACAUGCAACCAGCAACUGAAGGCUGAGAAUAUGCGUUUGAAGGAAGAUCUGGACAGCUAUAAACGUGCUGCUAACAAAGCAAAAGAUGCUUUCCUAAAAAUGCAGAAAGAACGUGACUUCCAUAGGAUGCACCACAAGCGAGUGGUCCAGGAGAAAAACAGGCUUAUAUGUGACAUUAAAAGGCUGAAGGCGCAUUAUGCUUCAUACGAACCAGUGCUGAAGCAGCUGACUGAGAAAUACCAGUCUGCACUGAGGCAGAAGAUGUUAACUGGUUUGGAGAGAGACAGAGCAGUUGGGCAGGUUACAGGUUUACAAGCUAUACUACAUAAUUUAGAAUCCGGAUGUGCAAUUCAGAUUCCUGCAAAAAAAGCUGGCCAUGAAUGUGAAAGGAAGAAGGGCUUGGAAGGUUCCACUCAGAAAGCUCUUCAGGAGGCAAGGCAGCAAAAAAUGCUUGAUGCUGGUCUGGUUAAAGAUUCAGAGAAGAAGAGAUAUCCAAAGGAUUCAGAGUUCCCUGUUGAUACCCAAGUGAACUCAUACCUUGCUCCUGCCACAGAGUACAGUCGACCCCUGAAACAUGGAGUGUAUAAACUGGAAAACACUUUAAGACUGCAUGUCUCAGCAGUGAGCUGCUUGGCCUCGCAUCCCCUGAAAGACAUGGUAGUCACUGGCAGUGAUGACCGCCUAUGGAAAAUGUGGGCUUUUCCUGAUGGGGACAUCAUCAUGGUGGGUGAAGGUCACACUGAUUGGGUUUCAGGCUGCUGCUUCCAUCCAAGUGGCACUCAGUUGGUCACUUCAAGUGGGGAUACAACAGUACGGAUAUGGGACCUCUCAAAAGGGGGCUGCGUUCUGACUUUCAAAGGACAUGCCCAAGCUGUAUGGGACUGCUCGUGGCAUUCGUGUGGUGAUUUUGUGGCUUCUGCCUCUAAGGACAGCACAAGUAAAAUAUGGGAUGUCAACAGUGAGAGAUGCAGAUAUACCAUGCGUGGUCAUAAAGACUCAGUCAGUAGCAUUGAAUUUCUUCCAUUCUCCAACGUUGUUCUCACAAGCUCUGCUGACAAGACUUUAUCUCUCUGGGAUGCCAGAACGGGUCUCCGUGUUUGUACGUUCUACGGUCACCUGCACUCCUGCAAUCAUGCUACAUUCAGCCUGGAGAGCAACACGAUUGCUUCCUGUGAUUCCCGUGGUGUGCUGAAGCUGUGGGACGUGCGGCAGGCGGUCCCCAUCCUGUCUGUGGAUACAGGUCCCCGUUCCGCCAACCAGGUCGCCUUCAGUCACUCCGGUCACACCUUGGCCGUGGCGAGCAGCGAUGGGGCUGUGAAGAUUGUGCAGCCUGGGCUGGCCCAGCUCCAUAGCCUGCGGGGUCACGGUGAGACAGAAGUGCAGAGCGUGGCCUUCCAUCGCCCGGUGGAGCAGCUGCUCUCGGGGGCUGCCGACGGCACUGUCUGUCUCUGGACCUAAGGAUGAACCUGAAGGCGUUCCGUGGAAAGAACAGCGUAGCAGAGAGGGCUUAGCAAAGCGUUUCCGUAGUUAACGUUUGCAAGGGGCAUAGUUGCUCUAGAGGAGUGUUACCCUGCGUUUUAACCCAAUAAAAGCCCCGGUUUGGCUUUCUUUACGCUGUUUUCCCCAGCA